AUGAAGCGCAAGACGGACGGUAGCGAAUCACAGGCUGCCAAUGGCCAGCCCGAAAUGAAGAAAAGGGCAUUAUCCAGCGAAGAGGUCGCUGCACGAUUCCGCGACGGCUUGUUCGAGCCCUCCGUGCAGCAAGACUACGCCAAGAAAUACGUCGAAUCUGCUCCAUACAAGCAUGGUGUUAUCUGUCCCCUGAUCGAACCCUCCCUGCUGCGAUCAGUCCGCGACGAAAUCCAGACCCAUCUGGAUUUCACCGAGAAGGAGACGGAUAUCUACAAGAUCUUCCAGUCCGGAGAUCUAGCCAACCUGGAUGGUCUGGACGACACGUCUUUGUCGCGAUUACCAUCGUUGCUGAAGCUGCGCGACGCCAUGUAUUCGGCCCGGUUCCGCGAGUACCUGUCAUCGGUGACUGGCUCGGGGAAAUUGAGUGGACAGAAGACGGACAUGGCUAUUAAUGUUUACAACGAAGGCUGCCAUCUCCUGUGCCACGACGAUGUCAUUGGCAGCAGACGCGUCAGCUACAUCCUGUACCUCACCGAUCCCGACACUCCCUGGCAGGCGGAGUGGGGCGGUGCCCUGCGGUUAUUCCCCACGACAACGAAGAAAGACGCAAACGGGGAGGACGUGAAGAUUCCCAGCCCGGAUCACAGUCUGAGCAUCCCGCCUGCUUUCAACCAGCUGAGCUUCUUCACCGUCCAGCCCGGAGAGAGUUUCCAUGACGUUGAAGAGGUUUACCACGCGAAGGAAGGAGACGACAAGUCCAAGAAGCGGGUGCGGAUGGCCAUCAGUGGAUGGUUCCAUAUUCCCCAGAAGGGUGAAGAUGGUUACGAAGAGGGACUGGAGGAGAAACUCGCGCAGCGCAGCAGUCUAGCUCAGCUCCAGGGCCGAGGCGACAUCUACGAUCUACCCCAACCCCAUCCCGUCGUCUGCAACGAUAAGUCGGAACAGCCGGUUGAGGGGAAGGGUAAGGCGAAGUUGGAGGAAGUACCCAGUGAUUCCGAAUUCACUGAGACCGACCUUAAUUUCUUAGUGCAGUACAUUGCGCCCUCGUAUCUCACUCCUGAUAUUACGGAAGAGAUGUCUGAAACCUUCGGCAACGAGUCAUCGCUGAACCUGGAACGAUUUUUGUCAGAGAAGUUCUCGGCACGCGUGCACGAAUAUAUCCGCGAACAGGAGCGGACCGAGCUGCCCAGGUCCUCAGAUGAGAUUCACGCCCAGACUGGAUGGACGGUCGCACGACCCCCGCACAAGCAGCGCUACAUGUUUCAGCAGCACUCAACGACAGACGUGCAGGAGCAGAAGACGACGCCAAUCCAGGAGUUGUUGAACGAUCUGUUCCCCUCCCUGGCCUUCCGCAAAUGGCUGGCGCUUGUUACUGGCGCGGAUCGGAUCACGAGCUACGACUUCCUGGCGCGCCGGUUCCGUCGCGGACAAGACUAUACGUUGGCCAGCGGCUACGACGGCGAGGAGCCGCGGUUGGAAUUCACGCUUAGCCUCACGCCCACCUCCGGAUGGGAAAAACAAGGCGACGAGGAUGUGGACGAGGAGAUGGACGGCGUAGAGGAUACCAGCGGCGGGUCGGCGGAGCAGAAAAAGCCCAAGGAUCUGAAGACCACCUCGCCUACCCGAGAGGAACCCGCCGUGGGAGGCUACGAGAUCUACAUGGCCGGUGACGAUGAGGACGAUGGCGACGCAGCCAUCUAUCGGUCCGCUGCAGCUGACGAGGACGACGGGAUCCUCUUCAGCACAGCCGCAGGGUGGAACCGAUUGAGCAUUGUUCUGCGUGACAGUGGCACACUCAAGUUCGUCAAGUACGUUAGUGCAGCGGCGCAGGGAGAUCGCUGGGACAUUACUGGUGAUUUGGGAGUGGAGUUUGGUGAGGACGUAGACGAGGACGACGAAGAUGAAGAGGUUGAGGUUGAGGUUGAGGAAUAA